AUGGAGCCACCUCAUGCCAUGUUGGGAGGUGCAGAGGAAUGCCACAGCAGUGAAUCUGGAUGGACCAUGUACAUUGGGUCCCCCGUAGAUGAGCAUGCUAAUUCUGAUUAUAAAGAGAAUGAUGAGAACCUGGAUUAUGAUUAUGAUUAUGAUUAUGAAGGCACUCAUGCUGAUCCUGAUGUUGAAAGUGACGAUUCAAUGGCUUCUGAUGCUUCUUCUGGACCAAGUUAUUAUGGAAUAAUUAAUCCAUUAGGGAAUGACUAUGAUGGCUUCACACAUUUUCAGCAAAAGGAGGAAGAGAAGGCAAAGUAUUGCUCAGAUCACAAGAGAGCUACAAGUAAAAAAAGUGAAAAUCGACUAGUGGAUAAAAGAGUGGAAAAGAAUGAGAUGGUUUUCAUCAAUGGCAAAGGUAAAGCUCAGGAAGUUCAGAACGGUGGCAACGUCAAGGCGAGAAAAACUCUUAGGGUGGGAACCAAAAAAUAA